GACGUCGUAGCGGUAGGACGUGUUGUCGCCGCCGCCCGCGCGGAGGAGACGAGAAAGAAAUUAUAAAGAGAGAAAGAGAGAGAGAAAGAAAAACAAAACAACAUACUUCUCCGCUUCUCACCGCGACGAGUGUAAUGGCCACUACUGUGCGAUUCAUCGUGGAGUAGAAGGAGCAGUGAGGCCCGGCGCCGUCUCUCUUCUUCGCGCGUCCUAUCGUUGAUCGCGCGGGGUGCGAACGAACGCACGUACGAACGGACGAACGGGAAAAAAAAAACCGAGGGGGAGAGGCACUCGUCUCCCGUCGAUCGUCGCGCGAAUCGUCGGUUGUGAAUCGUCGUCGCGAUCCGGUGGUCGGUGGUCGUGCGCGAUCGCUCGCGGCUAUCCUGGAGCGCUUCUGGUUUCCCGGUGAAUAGUGCGUGCAACGGAUCACAAGUGCCAGCAGCCAAGUGUGUACGGGGGAAAGGGGGGGGGAGUCUCUAUGUGUGCGGCCCGUUGUCGAGUGUGCGUUGUCGUGCUGCCGCCACUGCCGGCGCUCGGAUCCCUCGUCGGACGGUGGAUUUAUCAGGCGCGGCGUCGUCUCCCCUAGGCGCGUUUCGGACGCCUCGUCACCCUCUUCGUCCCCCCUGGCACCGAGGAGGAGAAGGAGGAGGAGGAGGACGACGACGACGGCAACGACGGCGACGACGACUACGGCGGUGGUGGUCCACCAUCGACUUCGACGUCGCAUCGAUGCUGGCUGCCUCUAGUUUUGAUUGAUUUGGAUACUCGCAUCACGCUUCACUUCCAUCACCUUCGGUCUAAAGGCGCGGAAUAAUUCGGAACAACGGCUCGCUUCGCCUCGCCUCGUCUCCUGCAGAAAACAAUGUUCCGUUAUUAGACGACUGCAAUAAGCGUAAUCGCCGGCCCGAAAGUAACGUAUCCAGCGUCGUGAAAGAAUUGGAUGACUACAACGAGCACGUUCACGGUCCUAAUUAAAGAAAUGGAUACGGUAAUUACGAAGCCGCGUCGGCGACUAGGAAUACGGGCCAAUUCGGCACGUUAAAUGCUCCCCCGGCGAUUCACGUUCCGGCCGGGACUCUCGCAGAUCGGGGAUGGCCUUCUGGGAGCAAAAGCGGCAACAGCAGCAGCAGCAACAGCGAUAUCGGAUCAAAUUCAGUUAACAAGUCCGUGUCAUCGCCGUAUCGGUUGCGCAAGUAGAUAGAUUUUAAAUCGAGUCAAGUGUAGAACAACGGUAACGAAAUUAGCGUGAUAAAAUAAUCCAGGGGCGAUUGGAUCCCGUAUUCCACGUAUAAUGGAAGCAAGUGAGACGAGACGAUAGUGUACCCAGAGGAUGGUGGAUGCUGCGAGGAAGAAAUUGAAUCCCAUCUUCACACGCCGCCUAAUCGCCCGACACAUCGCAAAUGUCAAGGGAGAUUCUAUCUGAUGCGGGACACAAAAAAAAUGUAGAUACAAGUAUAGUUACAAAGAAGACACUAUUAACCCCAUCCUAUCCUAUUCAAAAUCUUUCGCGUGUAUCGACGGUAUUCACGAUCGACGUGAAAGUACAGGCUAUAAAAUAUAACGCUACGUCGACGUCGAAGGGAAACGUGCCGGAUGUUGCGAGGAAAGGAAGUGACACGGUGAGAGGACCUAGAGACAGCCAAUCUCAGGAAUGUGACGCGUGACAGGAUUUCCGUGUGAGGAAAUCAGUACAUCCUUCAACUGGGAAUCGUGAAACGAAGGAAAGAGGGGAACAUACGGAAUAAAUAGAUCGACAUACGGGAUCGACAAAGACUCGUUCCAACAAGUGUCCUUACGGCUUCAGGUUUUCUUCUCGACGUCGUGUCCUCGUCGCGAAGCGGCGUUGACCCUGUUAUGGAAUGAACCGAUGCCCGGACAGGGCAUCUAAAUGUCCGCGAGCAUCAUCGCGCUCGAUACGAGCAUCAUGACCCCGAUGAUGCGGCUGCUCCUCCUAUCCGCUCUGUUGGCCAUACAAUCCUGCUCGAUCGUUUGCUCGGCGAGCAGCGAUGGUGGGCCUAACAGUCCGAUCUUCAAUCUGGAUCAUACUGCUCUGGAGAAGAAUCUAGCGGCAAUUUUUAACAAGGUGGCGCACAGUUCCGCGACCACGAAGCGCAGCGUGCCGGCGUACGAUGCUCAAGUGUCGGCCAGUACAACGUUGUCGACGGUGCCGUCGCCGUUAACCACCAGUACGAUCACCAGUACGACCACCACUACCCCGUCGAUACCCGCUAUCAAAUAUCCAGCGCCGCGGGCCACGGCAUCGCCCGUUUUCCGGGAUUUGCCGUCAUACGCGCCGCCCUCCAGGGCACUUUUCACGCCACCCCUGCCGCCGGAGUACCUGCACCCGUUCGCCGACAAGCCCACGUUGCGAGGUACCAACUCGGAUGUACACCCCAAUAACAGGAGGCCAGUACCGCCACCGAGCCUGACGCCGGCGCACGAGCGGAUACCGAUCCGACCGCCGGAUCUACCUCAAAGUCCCUCACAAGUGCCGGAGAGGCAUCAUUCUCACUCGAGGAAACCGACGAACGUGGCCGACAGCAGGGAGCACAGGCCUGCGGAGUCCGGCGAGGCCGAUCGAAAGAACGGCACGAACGAUCCUUCGUUCGUGACCCUUCAUUACCCCAGUAUUUCUAGGAUCUUGUCCGGCAGCAACGGCAGGAAGCAGGAAAUCCCCGACAUCCUGCUGCCCAUACUAAAGCCCUUAGCCACAAAGAGUCCGUUGCUACCAAAUGUACCUUCUGCCCCGGCAACCGACAAAACUACGUCACCGCCAAGCACCACGCCGAAAGUGUUUGGCAGUACGACGAAUCCCUCGAAGAUCGCCGUCACGCAGCCGACGAUCUACCUACCGAACACUGGCCAGCAGGAAGAACACGGCCUAAAAGCUGACAGUAUCGAAAUAGUGCAACAGGAAAGGCUACCAUAUCCGCAGCCGCAGCCACCGGCGCCAACGUCGAAGCGACCGGCGAGCACCGACGACGAUGACGACGAUCGUUUGAUACCACACGUCGACACGCAUCCGCUCGAAUCCACGUGGCGAAUCGCCUGGUCGCUGCACGUGUAUUUCGCGGCGAUUAUGUUCACGCUCAUGGCCUUGUACUCGAUCUACAAAAUCGUGCGUUUCAACGAGGCAACGAAUCUGCUCACGCAGUCGUACUUCCUAGCUGUUCAUCUGCUGUUAACUACAAUUUGCACUUUGAGGUGCUUCCACCUCUUUUAUGACGCUUAUAAUCUCGGACAUUCGCUGCCGGAGUCAUUGUCCAGGGUACUGAUGUAUCUGCCGGCACCGCUCCUGUCCACAGCGUUCGCCACUUUGAUGUUAUACCUCGCCCGGUGCUCGGAGGCACCUUCGCUUAACAACAGCAUCGUCUCGCCCAUCACGCUUGUACUUUCGUCUACAGUGCACAUCGUACUGUGCGUAUCGUUGCACGUGUCCGCGAACAUGCUCGGUUAUCAGGACGAGGCGAGAAUCCUGCCACUCAUCUGUCAGUGCAUCUAUAUCGUCGUCUGCGUCACCUUAGGUCUGUGCUAUAUGUAUGUGUACCGUGUGGUGCGUUCGCAGAUCCACAUGGCCAGUAAUAAGGCAGCCGGUGCGAAUCACAUGAUGGGCGCCGAUCCUACCACGGUAGCUCUCAGCACUGCCAUCACUACCACAAUCGCCACCGCUCUAUUGUUCAUUCUCAUGGGCUUCGUGCAACUAUAUGGCAUAUUCGGCGUUCAAGAGCGUCCGCAACAGUAUCCAUGGCUCUGGUGGGGCUGGCAGUUUUCCGUCAGACUGCUAGAGUUAUCCGUUUGUGGUCUCCUAGCCUGGGUUGCCAGCCUGUCGCAGUAUCCUUUACGAGAGAAACAGAUGCAGCAACACUCGGCACACUCGGGGUUCGCUCUGUUUCCCUGCGGCAGUUCCACGUCAACGGAAAACAUGGACGAUGUACUCUACCCCGCUAUAUGUAGCACCAACCAAGCGAUUCAAAAUUAUACCAUGCGAACGGGAAAGCAAGUUUAUGACGAUAGUUUUCCACUGAAUACUUUGCCCGAGCAUUUGAACAUAUCAGGUACCUUUGAGAGACAUUCCAUCCGCAAGUCAGGUACGAUGGGCCACUUUCCUCAUGAAGGUCGGGGAUCCUUAAGUCGUCAUGGUAACGGCAUACAGACCUUAAGGAACUCAGAGACUCGCGGGAGGCAUACGCCUGUUCAAGGCCUACACGAACAACCUCCGACUAGCGGCUCGACGAUGCUAGUCGCCGAGGACGGCUUCGUUAGGUUUCGGAGUCUUGGUGCGGAGGAGGACGAGCUGUCCGAUACGCAGAGCAUGGUCGGCACUCACGGCAGGGGAAGCUCGCUUGCCGGUAGCGUUAGAUACAACGCGAGGCAUCCUACGGUACAGCAUCAGCAUCCCCAUCAGCACCAGCACUCGUUGCAACACUCGCAUCCGAGUCAGCAUCAAACCCAUCACCAACUUUACAACAACACAUAAAGGCUGUGCCAACGCGAUGACUAGAACGUGAUUUCUCGUUGAUUCGACGUAACGAUCGUCGUCGAUGAAACAGGAUAUAUCGACACCCGCGAGAAUCGUCGCCCUCGCAAACUUCGGUCUAAACUAAUUUUAUCUCGUACUCUAUGUAAGAUAUGUCCUGUGUAUAGACAAACCUAAUUGCCAUUCCUGCUCUCCCGCUUCGCAUCGACGUCCGAGCCAAGCCUCUGCCGUACGAUAUCUAUACAUAUUUAUUUUGAUCCUCGAUAAGCGAGUAAAAGUAUACGGCGAACUCGUUUGGGGUUCCUCUACCUAUAUGUGGGUAGUUCAGGGUAUAUCGAAACUUGAUCUUAUAUUAGGCACUUGGUACUUAUUAAGAUUCAUGUGAUUGAAAAAAAAAUAAAAGAAAUAAUGUGUCUCACUGAAAUAUAUAGGGAAACGCUUCUCGCUCGGUUUUAUGUUCACUGUUAGUACCGAACACGGCUGUGGAACGUAUCGGAGGAACAAAUAAUUUUUUAAUCGGUUCUAUCUAAUGCCACACAAGGAAUUCCGACGUAUUUUAGCAAACACGUUGCUAUUUAUUCGCUGCCACAUUAUAGAAGACUUCGGCGUUUUAUAUUGUUCCAGCACAAUUUUUAUAAUCGUAUAGAUUCAUUAUUUUAUGUAUAGUCGUACAUAUGUUAAAGCAUUUCAGUAAUCAUCUGUUCAAUUGACACUUGUUCUUCUUUAAAUUCUCCGUUGUGACGGAAAUUCGACAUAAAAUCAGCUUUUUGCGAUUAGCAGGAAGUAUAUUUUUUACAAAAAUUAUACGCGAGGUCCAAACACACACAACUGGGGAAAACAAUUACGAUUCUCAUUCAGGUAUUCCGAGAUUAGGAUAUGAUUGUGUCAAGCUGAAAGCGAUGUUUGUACAGUCGAUGAUAAUUUAUCACUCAGUCCAAUUGUACGAUUUAGUUAGCGGCUAAGACUAGAUUAAGAAUUGCGGGUUACGUUAAGUUUAGCCGUUAAGUUAGGCAAAAUGCGACUAAUGUCAACAGGUUUACAUUUAAUAAAUCGAAGGAGAAUAAGAAGACAUAAAAAAAAUACUAUUACCGAUUUAGAAUAGACGACAUAAGUGCGAUUUAACGUCACACACACAGGCCAGCAUUUUACUUUAUUUCUCAGAUUCUAAGGUACAAAAUAGUACUUUUUACCUUUCACUUCAUAUAUCGAUAGGUCGCAAUGUAUAUGUUUAUAUAUGGACAUUGUAAAUAAGGUAUAUGGGCUCGUCGUGAGUGAAUUUACUGUUACGAUAGAAUCCGAUUGGAUUCUAUUCGACACAUUGGAAUUUAUACAUCUCUUGGUUGUAUAAAAAAAAGAUGCAAGACUUGUAUUUUAAUUUAUCUCAGAAGCUGUAUUUAUUAUGUGAAACAUUCCACAAGUGAUCAGUGUGAGUGCGCGAUCGAUUUGUGUGGGAUUUUAUUGCAAUUAUAAAUUUAACUAGGCGCUAAACGAAGCGGAACAAAUGUAAAUAAAAGCUUUUUUGCGAA